AUGCUCAGUGCAGAGGCACAAAUCACCCAGCUUGCGCAGAUUGAUCCCUAUCUCGUCCCGAUAAUCCGAUACAUCCUGUCAGUAAAUAACAGAUUCGCUGUCGCAGCAACGUGCUUUCUGGUGUACGACACGCUUGUUCAUAUCCCGGACGAGAUAGAGUUCAUCUGGAUCGGCCAGCAGACAUGGACGAAGUGGGCGUAUGGCUUCAUUAGACACAUUCCAUACAUCGCGCAAGGGACGAUCCUGUUUCUCGUCACGGAAUCUGCUAGUGGCUAUGUCUGGCGUCCCGACCAAUGUCGCAGUUGGAUCGUCUACCAGCUGACUGUGAACGAAGCGCUAACGAUCAUCGUCGAGGCAGUGCUCAUCGUCCGAGUAUACGCUAUGUUCAGACGCAACGUCAUCCUACGGGCACUUGUUUUAAUUCUCUUCGUUGCUGAAAUAACGGCGAUGAUAACUGUACUCGCACUCAGUAUACCCAAUAUGGAAUUCACUACAAGAUGUAUCAUCGUUCAUGCUCCCUCGCUCUUCCCGUCUUAUUGGAUUUUCUCAUUGGUCUUCGAGACCAUCUUAUUCGGUCUCACUUUGUACAAGUUCUUCACUAGCAUGUCAACACAUCACCACAGCGGAUCCAUAUUGUAUGUUUUAGCACGCGACGGGACCUGGGCUUAUGCAGUUAUUUUCAUGAUCAUGCUAACGAACACCCUGAUGUAUCACCUCAUCGACAAUCCUUUGGCUGGCCUGUGCUUCUUCUGGGAGCUGUCAGUCAUCUCCUCCGCGGGUGCACAUGUUCUCCUCAACUUGCGGCGACUUGCUGUUCAAGACCGCCAAACCAAACGUUCCUACUGGGCUACGGGCAAUUCAGAAACAAUCGAGUUCUCAUCGCAAAUGACAGGCGGCUUCGAUCUACACGCUGUGACUGAGGAUCCUGGUGAGAGGUUGGAUGUCGAGCUAGAUGAAAUGCGUAUUCAAGACGUUGCAUAA